UCCCAAGCCACGAUCAUGGACACAUUGCCUGAUUGCCUCAUUCACAAAAGAUGGUCGUACCUUAGUGUUGAAGAAGCAGCCAAGACGAGAAUUCUGUCCAAAACUAUUGCGUAUGGCAAAGGCAAUAAUAAUAGCAAAAUAGUGGAUAAAGUCAUGGAGAGGUAUAGGGACAGAAAUAUCCCUAUAGAAAGGUUUGCGCUUUCAAUUUCAACUUCUGCUUAUCAUCAUCAUCUUGCUUUCCCUAGGAUUGCUAAGCGGCUUGGCAUUGCUCUUCAGAAUGGUGUAAAAGAUGUGGUAUGUGAGGUUUCUAUCCCCUUAUACCCCUUCCCUAUUUCCACAUUCUUGGCAUCAAAAUCUUUAAGAGAAUUGUAUCUGACGGGUUGUGAUCUGAUGGGUCUUUCAUUAUCUACUAUUCAAGCGGCGAACUGUCAUUCUUUGAGAAAGCUUUCUCUAACUAAUGUUCGUUUAGACGACAACUUGCGUCAGACUCUGCUUAAUUAUUGUCCCUUGAUUAUCGAUCUCAUCAUUGUGGGCUGUCGUUUAUUGACAAAGAUCGAGCUGCGGAAUCUUCAAAAUAUCAAGUCAAUUUCUAUUUCAAUAGGUUAUAAUGAUCAGAACCAGAGUGUUAAAAUCCAAGCACCAACUCUUGAACACUUUUUUUAUUCUAUGCGUUGUUGUGGAGAGCCCCCUGUAUUAGAUAUAACUGAAUGUCAUAAUCUGAAAUCCUUAAAGUUAUCCGAUAUGAAGAUAUCUCAAGGAUUUCUCCGGCACCUUAUUUCAACAUACCAAUUCCUUGAGAGUUUGAUAUUAGAUGGCAUUUGUGGAGAUUUGGAAUGGCUUAACAUUUGCGGGAGUCAAUCCCUAAAGUUCUUGAGGAUUCAUCAUUAUGAGGGCAUAUGGGAGGUUGAUGCUUCAAAUUUGGUAUCACUUGAGUAUGAGGGAGAUAAAAUUCCUGAGUUUAAAAUUGCAAAAGAGUCGGGUCAAAUGCAGAACUCAAAGGCAGGUCUUUAUUGCUCCAAUGAUAUAAAUGCGGCAUGGUUUUGUGAGUUAAGGAAAUUCCUAUCAAACUUGACUUCUUGGUAUAAGGUUUUCCUUCAUUUUAACGAAUGCAAUGAGAUCAACAUGAAAGAUUUGCAAGUGCAUCAUAGUGUUGCUACCCCCCAAGUUGACGUUUUAGAUGUAUUUAUAGAAGAUAUGUCAUCUGAGUGUUGGUGCCCAAGUUUUGUGGAUGCUUUGCUAUGGAGUUGUCAUCCUAGGAGACUCAAUCUAUGCUCAAGUAGUAAAAUGGUUACAUGCUUCAUGAAUCGUUUAAUGUAUAUGAAGAAUUCGAGUCAUUCUACUUCUCAUGGAAGUAAGCCUUGGCAUACUCAAUUAAAAGAAGUAAAAGCCUACAAAUUUGACUCGGAAUAUCAGCCUGUGGAACUCAGUAGUGGAGAACUUGCAGUGAGGACCCUAAUGGAGGUGGAGGAAGUUUAUUUUCUAUUAGAUUGGUGAUAUAGUUCAUUCUAAUUUAAAUUGAAUGAACUUAUUCAUUUAUAAAGUUUAUUAUAAUUUUAAAAACAGAUUCCUGAUAAUUCAGAGUUAAAGUUCUCCCCUAAUCCUAUUGAAUUUUUCUUAAGAAUAGUUUGAUACUCAACUUGCUUUUUCAUACUGGUACAGUGGUACUGCUCACGUAAGCAUUUCUUUUCUGUUUUUCCCUGCAUUGGCGCUAAAUAUUUGUUGAGUACUUUGUUUAGGGAUGGCAUCCUCUUGGUGCUAAUUAAAUUGUUAUGAUAAGGGAUCAU